AUGAAAACAGCUACAACUGUAAAUCAUCACUUUUAAAGAGCAGAUGAGCCUGAGCAGCUACUUGAGGGAAUGGCUGACUAUUUCGCUCUUCAAACUCAUUCAGCAAAGGAAAACCCUAAUUUCACCCCUUCUAAAAAUAAUGGGUGGAAAGUGAUAUCAAAGGCUAUAUUUAAUUAGCAAGCCCCGUAGCAUAAAAUAUUCAGAGAAAAUUUGAAAAAAAUAGCCCACUAUGAUGAAAAUGGACGUCUGAUUUCUUCAAGAGAUACAUAGUAUGAAAGAAACUUUCACAAUACUCACUUAGAUCACAGUCAUUAAUAUGAUGAUAAUAAAGAGAACUCAGAUAUUCAAAAUUUCAUAUAUAGAAAUCAGCAUAAUAAAAAAAUGGUCAGCUAUAUUCAUAAAACUAAAUAAAAACUACAAACACUUAAUGACAUGAAAUCAUAGCUAGAUACUUUUAAAACUGAUAAAUCUUGGUAUGAGACAAUGCUUAAGCCAAAAAGAAUGCUUAAGGAGAGGGAUCAAAAUCAAAUCUAGGCUUAAAAGAAUACUUUGUCAUUAGAAAGAAAUAGUGAUGAUGAAUCUGAUAAUGACCUUCAAGAAAAGAAAGCUUAACAACUUCUUAAAUAAUAGAAAAUCCAAAACAUGAUUUAGAGGUUCUAUUCCCAUACAACUAAGUCUUUUGAGGCAAAGAAGUUGGAAUCUACCUAAUUUAACUAGAAGUCUGAACAAAACUUGAUGCAAAAGAGAAGAUUUUCCCAUUUUGCCGGUAAAAUUCAAUCUUCUAAUAGCUCUCGAAUGAUUCUUGUGGAAUCAAGACCAAUGGAAAACAAAACUCAUUUGGAAACUAUUUCUGAGAGACCAGUUAGCAAUCUUGAAAAAAUAAACUCAAGAAAAUUCUCCUAAAGGAGACAUCCCAUAAAUUUAGAUGAUCAUUCUUUGGGAAGAAAUAGACCCAAGAGUUGCGAUCUCAGAAUCAAAAAGUUUAAGAAAAUAGAUAAAUUAAUUUAACAAACUCAUACUUAAUAGUAAUAGAAGUGA